GCUAGCUGAGAAGCAAAAGUCUUUGCGGGCGAGUGGGUAGCAGAAUGGUCUGGUUCUUAUGUCAUUAAGUAUAGAGGAGAAAAGGGCCCACAAAUAACCAUCAGUGAUAGAUAUUAAUAUCACUAUAGCGUUCUCAGACAAUCACCUUUUUCUCAGUUCUAGCGGGGUAGGCUAGACAGGUAUUAUUGCUGUUGUACGAAUGAGAAAGCUGGGAUUCGGCCACUAGAAUGUUGCAGGGACAGAGUUUGGAGCGAAUUCAAUGGAGAUACACCGGAGUGAACGGGCUUAAAUGGACAGGCGGGGGAGAAGUGGAGACGAAGGAAGCUUGGUAGUGGAAAAAGAAUGGACUUUGGCUUCAGAUAAACUUCGGUUCAAAUGGAUUUGGGGCCAAGUUAAGUCAGCCUUAGAAAGGUACCAGUCUUCCUACCCUUUUCCUCCAGUCUCCUACCCUUAUCCAGCCCUUGUCUUGUGGAAACUGCUUUCAUCCUGCAGGUGUUCCAACAGCAUUUUGCAGGCACACACUGGCUCAUUUGAAGCUUUGACCUUCAGGAUUUCAAAGGAAGGGACUAAGAUGUUGUAAGCAGAAGUAUUCUCAUCUGCAAGCUGACAUUAACCAUUAUGAUUGCUGCAAUAAGAAGAUUUACUGGAAAACCAGUGGAAGCUCACAGAAUGGAAAAGGGCAGGAGAGCCAAGUUUGGGAAAAGGGCAGGAGCAAGGAUGCCAUGGAGGCAGGUAGCAAAAGCUACACUCAGUAUUGGUGUGCCCCUCAGAUCUCCUCUGCCACUGGGAUGCAUUGGACCUCCAACAUUUUCUGCUGUACCAUUUGCCCUCAAGCUUCAGAGUCCAAGAAUCAACGAUAUUUGGCUGAGUUUCUGGAAUGCUCUUCCUGCCCUCCGCCCUGCACUGUAUCAAAAGUAGAUGAAAGAUGUCUCUGACCCCCUUGGUUUCCAUAGCAGGAGGUGGCAAUGGAAAACAGUCACUGAGAUCUGUACUAGUACCAAGACUACAUAACAUAGAGAAUUCUACUAGUAGGAACAUGUGGUGGUUAGAGUGGAGGUGUGUGGACUCUGAGUAGUCAGUCGCAAAUCUCUGCUUUACUUGUAUAAGACUUCAAAUUUCCUCAGUAGCCUCAUGAGCAGUAGUGUGCUGGUAAAUGUUUAACAACUGGCUCUCUGGCCUUGAUUUGUAGCAUUUGAACAUUUCUAUAGGACAAACACUCCUGCGAUGGCCAAUUUCAAGCUACUCACAUGGCAUUUGAACACAGUUGGGAAGAGAUGUGCAGUAACAUACUAUUAUAAUAUUUCAGACAUACAGCUACAACAGAUGCAGAUAACUUCAAGGGCAUAGAUAAUGUGAAAUAUAGUAAAAUGAUUAGGAAUUGAUGAGUUUUGAGCAUUACCUUUGUUAACAUAAUUUAUUUAAUUAUAAGUUUGUAUGAUAUAAUUCUUAAUAAUGGCUAUAUUUUAACAAAUGGCUUGCAAAAUUCUUGAAAAGAAUUUUAUGAUCCAGCUCCAGAAUGCCACUGCCUAUGAAACAGAUCAAUAAUUUACUGAGAGAGAGAGAAAGAGUAAGUAAGAUGCUGAGGGGAGAGGCCUAGGACUUGGAAAUUUUGUACAGUAGUCUAUAACACUGGGGACCCACAGUAAUAGAAUAAGAAUGGUAUCUGACAUGCACUUAGCAAAACACAUUCCUACCCAACAUCUUACUUGUUUCUGAUCCUUACAUAAACCUAAGGAAAAACUAAGCAGGGUGUUUUACAGGUCAGAGAAUUGAGAGAGCUGAAGUGACCACUGACAGGUUCAGGGGAGACUAAAAUUCCCAAUGCACAGCUUUUUCCAUACAAUCCUCUUUCUUUGAACCUCCUGCCAUCACUGGAACAGCCAUUUUUUACAGGUAGCCCAUUAAAUAAUAUGGGAUGUGUUGUAUUUAUUCAGGUGUAAUCAGGAUGACCUGAAUUCAGCCAGGGAGGUUUCCUUUUAUAUUCACAAAUAAAGAAUGAAAUAAAGUUGGAGGCCCACAGAAUGGGCAGUGAUAUAACCUGCUGUAUUAGCAAGUUUAAUAGCCUGACUCCAGCAUGGCCGCCAGUGAUCCUUCCCCUGGUGUUUAUGUUCUUGUUCUUGGACUCCUACAUUGAAUAGGGCUAAACUGUGUGACUAACAGGAUAUUGCAGACGUGAUGGUAUACAACUUCUGAAGCUAGCCAUAAAGGGCAUUGCAGCUUCUGCCUUGUUCUAUUGAGUCACUUUCUCUGAGGGAAGGUAGCACAGCGCUGUGAGGACACCCAAACAGCCCUGUGGAGAAGCCCACAUGGGAAGGAACUGAGGCCUCCCACCAACAACCAGCACUACUUGACAGCCAUGCAAGUGAGCCACCUUGGAAGUGGAUCCUCUAGCUCUAGAUAAGCUUUCAGAUGACUGUGGCCCUGGCUGACAAGAGACUGUAACCUCAUGAGAAAUUGCAAAACAGAAUUACCCAGUGAAGUACCCCCAAAUUCUUGAUCCACAGAAAUUGAGAGAGAUAAACAACAUUUAUGUGUUUGAAGUCAAGGAGUUUUGGGGAUAAUUUAUUACACAGCAAUAGAUAAACAUUUCUUUAAAAUCUGCACCCAUGUGGGCUAUUAAAGAAGCACUUUAAGCAAAUUGUUUUGUUUUGUAUUUGUUCCCCCCCACCACCAAAAUGAAUUCAAGUCAGCAUUGUAAAGCUUUUACAAAAUAACUUUUGAAGUGCAGUUUAUUAUUGAUUGCCUAAAUGACCUGUUGUCCAUAGAAAAGUGAACUCAGUAUACUGAGUACACCUGCAACUCUGAAGAGCAAGGUUGCUUGAGCUGGAAUUCACUCACAUUCCAUUUGUGUAUGUCACACUCCACAGAUGUGGAGUCAGCUCACAGCAGUUAUCCAAUAGCCCUUUAGACCCCCACCUCACCAUCACCUUUAAUCUGGGGGUGGGGGGGGUCUCUGGUCCAGUGCAGCCUGUCCUUUGGGAAAGCAGGGACAGGGGGAAAUAAUGAAAUAAAUUAAUUAGGAAGGGAGGGUUAGGGACCCCACUGGAUGCUGGAGGUGGAAAUCAUUUGCCAAACAUCCCUGGGAGGCUGAGCUGUGGCCUCUUCUCCUGGUGUCCCCACCCGCUGAAGUUCGCUCCUAAAGAAAUACACCCACGUUGCCAAGGGCGCAGGAGAGGAUCUCUGCGAAGCAGGAGGCUUUUGUGCCUGCUGGGAGAGUCGGAGCCGGGAUUACACCAGCUCUUCAGCGCGUUUCCUCCGAGCUGAGGAAGGCCUGGCGCGGACCCGGGAGUAGGCGCCCAAGGCGGGGCGCCCUCGUGCGGGCGCGAGGAGACCGCGAGGUGGGGGCCUGGGAGGUGUGCCUCGCUGCCAGAAGCAAUCCGCGCCGGACGCGCACUGCCACCACGCCUGCAGCAUGGAGUGGGAGUUCAACUUUCUGCUCUACCUGGCGCUCUUCUUCUUCCUGCUCUUCUUACUUUUCCUGCUGCUCUUCGUGGUCAUCAAGCAGCUGAAGAACUCCGUGACCAGCACGGCCGGGGCGCUGCAGCCCGGGCGCCUCUCGCUGCACCGGGAGCCUUGGGGCUUCUCCCGCGAGCAGGCGGUGUGACUGACAAGGCGCGGGAACUGGCGGGAGGGUACCGAGCGGCGCGGGCGCCGGGCUGGGUCUCAAGUCUCGAUUUUCUGUCCGCGUGGCCGCGCAGGCUCCAGUACCAGGUUCAGCUGUAGCGCCGGCAGGUUGGUUCGGGGGUGGAAAGAGUAAGCAGAAGGGCGAGUUCCUCCGCGCCUGAAAGAGACUCGGUGCCAGCUGCCCUCUCGGGUGCCAGGGACAGCGGAUGUAUGGGGUCUGGACUGGCUCUGUGCUCUUAGGGACAGGCCCUGAGCUUUUUGGGGACGGGGACAGAUGGAGAAAAGAGGGAAGUUCGGCCUCUGGAGCCCGAAUGGCUCUGGGCACGUGCCAGCUGUUCUUCCCAGUCUUAACUGCAUUUUAGCUUGCACCCAAGCGAUGGAAAACUAAAUCUUUAAGAAAAUUCAGUCCAGCCUCCUCCAAACAAAAUCUGAUAUUAACCUAAAUAUCCAAAUUAUUGAGAGAGUGUGAGCUUUGGGAUGGAAGGCAGGAGGAAACAGGACUCAAAAUAUUCCAAAUAUCGCUUUAAGUAUCUUUUUUUGAGCCUUGGUAGAAGCUAAACGGGGUUCAACUGGCAGUGCCAAGGGAAAUGGAUUCAGUGGCCCAUUUGCUAUGGGGAAUUUCUUCGUGCCCUUAAUCCCUACUCCAGUUCUAGCCACAGACCCCAUUUGGUGCCUGCAUGUUGCUGCGCCGGGUGGUUUUAGAAUCUGAAACAACGGGAUGGUGAGCAUUAGAGUGAGAGUUAUUUGGGAGAUGUCGUAGCGUUGCCUUGGAGGGCUAGUGUAAAAGAGGUGUACACGUUGCAGGGUGACAAGAAAAAGAGGGACAGGAGGGGGGAGACUGUCAUUUUAGGCUACAUGAUUACAGCAUUUGAGAGAAGAUUGAUGGGCAGGAAGAAGCAUUUCACUGGUGCCCUAAGCACACAAACACCCUCUCCAAGGGCAGUGUUAGUUAGGGAAAUGACAACUUCAUGUUCCAGAUGCUUUCUCAUUGAUUUACGUCGUCUCAAAUUCUGGAGCCGACCUGCUGCCCUGGGCUGGUGCGCGGAGGACCACAGCCGUACUUAGAGCCGGCUAACCGGGAACCCUGAGCAGAGAGGACGGGAACACCCGGAAAUGGAAGUUCUCUGCGAAUGCUGUGCCACUGGUGUCCAGAGGUUUAAACUACCUGUGACUCUUCCAGAGAGGAAAUUAUAGAGAAUCCAGGCUGUAGAUCCUGGACUGAUGCCAUCUGGUGAGAUUCUACAGAAGAAGAGAGAAAAUUUACCCAGAGUGUGCCAUGCACCAGCUUUUCUGGGAAUGACAAGGUGCCAGGAUUUGUUUUUGGUUCACUUGCAGGGGUGGAAACUUGGAACUAGAUGAAAAUUUUGCUUUCUUAUUGGGAAUCAAGAUGGACUGCUCUCUGGAUAAUAGAGUAGGAAGUUGCUGGACUGCACAGUGGCUUACACAAAGCAGGGUUUUGUUUUGUUCUCAUGUAACAAGGAGGUUGGAGGUAGGCUAUUGCUAGAGUUGGUUCACUAGCUUCCAGAUGUCAGGGUCAAGGUGGUCCCUGAGGUUCCCUUGGAUUUUCCUAUGUUCCAAGAUGGGUGCUGCAGCUGCCCAAAGGUGAAGGAAGCCCAAAAGGAAAACAGGCCAUGCUCUUUCUUCAGUCUAUUUCCUUUUAAGAGCUUUCUCAGCAGCCCAACAACUUCUGCUUAUACCUCAUGGGCCAGACUGUCAUUGACUACUGCUAUCUGCAAGGUUACCUAAGAAAUGUCAUUUUUGUAGCUGGACAUAUAACUGCCUUCAACAAAAGUGUGAGUUUUCUUCAUGAAGAAGAAGAUGAUGGUGAAUCUUGAGUGAGCAACCAGUAGUCUGUGCCCUGGCUACAAAAUACAGUGGUAACUGAGCAUAAUGUUUGAAAUACACCCAAACUUUAGCGCCUUCACAACUGGCAACCCUCCAGGCAAAACUCCUGUGCUCUGAGAGUAAGCAGAGUAAAGACAUGCUAGGUUGCUUAUAAAACACUUGCCCUUCUCCCUGAACCAACACACUUGCCCCGCUUCUUUCUAGAGGACCCUAGGAACCUGUACUCUUUCUUGGUGACUGUAUCUCUUUAUAGAGAGAGGUUUGGGAUGGGAUAAAGGAUGUUCUGCCUUUCUGCUUCUCAGUCUACUUCAUUUAUCUCCUCUCUAAUGUUCCUGAUGGAUUUUUGGCAGAGUUCUGUUUGGGUGUUUGAUCCUACCUUUUAUGCAGGGGAGGGUAAUCUAUGUAAAGAAAGACUACUUUACUCUGUGACUUCAUCACCAAUCUAGGAAUAUCCUGAGAGAAGAAUUGCUUCUCAAAGCCGCUUCCUUAAACAGCCUACAUCCUGGCUAAGUAAAGGAAGAAGAAACACUUCCCACAUCCAGGACUAUCCAAAAGAAUUUUCUGUGAUGACAGAAAUGUUCUAUAUCUGCACUGUCCAAUACAGUAGCCACUAGCCACAGGUGGCUAGUGAACACUUGAGAUGUGGUUAGCAUGAAUGAGGAAGUAAAAUUCAAUUGUAUUUAAUUUUGAACAAUUUAAAUAUAAAUAGCCACAUGUAACUAGUGGCUAUUUUAUUGUAGAGCACAGUGCACAUCUUUUUCUUUCUUGUGUUUUAAAACUAGCUGGGAAGGGUUUGAGCCAGUCGUGUGCUUGGUGUUCCAUAAUCUUUACCCUUCCCCCUUGCCAUUGAACUUGUCUCCCAGAGGAAAAAUGGCAUCUUGAAACUAAAUUCACAUUAACCUCAUAUUUAUACAUUGCACAAAUUCCUGUAAAAAUGGAAUGGUCUUCUGGGAAUAGAUCCUGUGAUUGAUUUUAGUGAUAAUUGAUCAUGGAAAAGUGGUGGUGUUGGUCCACUUAACAUUCCUAGUGAACAGUAUGUGUUUCUAAUUAGAAUGAGUCAGCAGAGUUUAUUUUGUUCUGUGGUGCAAUUCAUUCUUAGUUACUUUAUUUUUUUAAGAUUGUGGCUGCUAAAUGAUUAUUCUGUGUAUGUUUUUCAA